GGAAGCGGACUUGCCAGCGCGUUCAUCGCCUGCUGUAGCUGAGCGCAUCUAUGCCGCCUGCCUGGAAUCAUUUCUGUGUGUCGAUGAUGUCAGCUAACUAAGACACAGUAGAAGCAUGUGCCAUUUUUGAAGUCUUCCUGGAACCGUCAGCAAUGCAAACGUUGAAAAUCUGUUAGCCUACAGUGUGGGUUUUUCCAUUUUAAGGAGUAUUUGGCUUUUACAAUGAACAUUUGUUCAGGAAAUACAGACAUUCAAAGACAAGCUAUAUGAAUUUCAACCUUUUUUUCCUCACAAAAUUUCUAAUUCCCCCAGAAUGCUUAUUAGUGCUAGGAGGCUAAGAAGAUGCCAGUUCUUUCAAUUACUCACUUCAUGUUUUGUUUUAUCAUUAAUGGCUUUGUUGGUUCAAGAAGACAAUUCCUUGAUCAACCACGUAAAGUCGUAUUCCUACAGAUACCUCAUAAAUAGCUAUGACUUUGUCAAUGAUAGCCUGUCUGUUCCUCGGGACAGACCCGAUGGGGCACCCAGCUACAGAUAUCUGAUCAAUAACCGAGACAAAUGUCAAAACGAGGAUGUCCUUCUAUUACUGUUUGUAAAGACAUCUCCUGAAAACAGAAGGCGCCGCAAUGCAAUUCGAAAGACUUGGGGCAACGAGGAUUACAUUCGUUCUCAGUAUGCUGCCAACAUUAAAGUUGUGUUUGCCCUUGGUAUUGAAGCAGAUCCAGUAAAAAGUCAUCAAACUCAAAAAGAUCUUGUCAUUGAAAACAAAAGAUUCAACGAUUUAAUACAGCAAGACUUCAAGGACACUUUUCACAACCUAACUCUUAAGUUGCUUUUGCAGUUUGGGUGGGUAAAUUCAUACUGUCCUAGUGCUAAAUUCAUUAUGUCAGCCGAUGAUGAUAUCUUUGUCCACACACCUAACUUGGUUUCCUACCUUAAAAGCUUGCCUAUCGAAACACAGGAUUUCUGGAUUGGUAGAGUCCAUCGUGGAUCACCUCCAAUAAGAAGCAAAACCAGCAAGUAUUAUGUGCCUUACGAAAUGUAUCCCUGGUCAUCUUAUCCCGACUACACUGCAGGGGCUGCUUAUGUUGUUUCUAAAGAUGUAGCUGCAAAAGUAUACGAAGCGUCACAGACAUUAAAUACCAGUUUAUACAUAGAUGAUGUUUUCAUGGGAAUCUGUGCCAACAAAAUGGGAGUUGUGCCUCAAUAUCACGUUUAUUUCGCUGGAGAAGGAAAAGCCCCAUACCAUCCUUGUAUUUACAACAAAAUGAUUACUUCCCAUGGACAUUUAGAUGACCUUGACUAUUUAUGGAGGCAAGCUACAGACCCUAAUGUAAAAUCUCUUAGUGCUGGAGUUUUGGGAGGUGCAUACUGUAAGUUAGUAAACAUCAUGCUUCUCUGUAAACUUAGCUAUGUGGAUACAUACCCCUGUUCAGCCGCAUGGUCCUAGUGCUACUGCAAUAGUUGGGCUUGCUUUCAGUUUGAUUUUUUGGCAAACAUUCUUUGGAUCCUUUGUGGUCCCCACCCAUCUGCUCUCAGGAACACAUACUAUUUUUGCUUUUGAUGACGCUUUUGAAGUCCGUUACUGAACAACAGUAAUAAAUGCUGAAAUGUUUACUGUGAUGCACUGUAUCACUCAUGCUGUAAUACGUUAAUGGCUGAAUUCUAUGUUCUUUUCAUGUCCUUGUUUACAGAUUUGUUGUAUGAUAUAGCAGUGAUGUUGUUAAACCAUGUACAAGUAUAAAGCAUAAAGAAAUCCCUAUGAGAAUACAGCACAGUAUAAGUUUAGAGAAGCCAGAUUGGCUUGCUAUGGAUGUACUGCACUGUCUAAAGCUUUAGCAGUUGAGGGAUGCUGGGAAGUUUAGUUUGCAACAGCUGGAGAAGAACCAUAUGGGAAUCCUUGGUCUCAAUCUGAAGCUGUGGGCUGUUACUGUGCCUUCUAAUGUCCAGCUAAAAAAACCAAAAUUAUAAGUGACUAAGAGUUUUUGUAUUUAUGCAUGUUAUAGGUUGGCUGUUGUGGAUUUUAUCAUCCAAAAAGCUGCAUUUACAGCAGGUUUUAAACUUAGUCAUAAAAUGAUAACCAGUUAUUCAUAGGUUAUUUACUCUUUCCACCUUUAGGAUCACUGCAUUAAAUCAGGGGUGGGUAAUCUGCAGCUUUCCUAAUGCUGUUGAACUGCAGUUUUUACAUCCCACUGGUAGUGAGGCAGAAGAAUGCCCUUGUGUUUUAUUUAAAUACUGGCGCUUUAUAGUAUAGAUUAAACCACUUGGUAUUUUAGCACAGUCACAGGCAGGGUUCUAUAUAAAUAAAGCUCACUAGAAUUAGAAGAACUUGCAUACUAAAAAAAAAUGUGAAAAAAUUCAGAGUGAACAUAUUUUGAACUACAGCAGGUCUGUUUUACACACAAAUAUAUUUUUAUACUGUAUUAGAACUGCAUAUUUAUUAUAAAAGAUAUGAAGGUGGGAAAAACAAACCACCUGAAUUUUCAUACAGAGGAAAUCCUUUUGAUAACUCGAUUUUCUUGUGGAGGGAUUCCCAACUAAAAUGGUGCUGGUUAUUGGAAGUGUGAGGUGGAGAAAUCCUUUUCAGUUGUACAUCAGAGCCUUUCAGUGGUUCUAAACUAGUGAGCUGUGGAUGAGUGAAAGACACGUGCACUUGUGUAUUUAUUGUCUGCCGUUAACUGUAUGUUUUGUGUAUUUUUUUUAUGUUGUAAAUUAUUGCUUUGCUCGUAUGAGCAAUUUUACUUUUGUAAAUCUUUUCAUUUUCAAUAAACUGACUCCAUAAUGAAAA